AUGUCCUUGCGUGACCUGCCCCAGCAUGUAGUUGUAGGCCCUCAACCUCCUGGUGCUGUCACCAUCACAGAUCUCCCCUUGAAGGACUUGGACCCAGAGAGCUCGAACUUGAAGCACUUUGUGGACGUAGUUCUCGACAUUCCCGCCGCCGAGGUAGACCUGCCUCAGUUGAAAGCCGUCUUUCGUGACCAGGCAUGGCACGACUUGCCUGGAUUUAUGCAGAUGAAGCAACGGCCGACCUUUGAAUACAAGACGCAGUUCUUCCUGAUGCCACAAUCAGACGAGAAUUUUUGCCUUUUGAAGCAUGUCUACGUCCUCUCCGACAAAGUCAAAGGCUCCUCCAUUGCUUUGUUGCUUCAAGGCACAGGCUACGAGAUCCAAUGGGGAACCUCCAACAAGAAGCUAGUUCAUAAGGCCUUUCAAUGGAUGCUUGAACAGCUGGGAGGGUCGCAGUUUCUGCAGUACUCAUCGACUCUUGAACGCAAACCAUCAAAGUCAUCGGCUCCUGAACCAGAAGAAGCCGGUUGGAAUUUCAUCGUGGAGCAUGGCGAGCUUGACAAGAGCAAUUUGAGGCAGCUCCGCUGGAUCUACUCCCAGAUCAAUGACCCUGACUCCCCCAUUUGCGAAUGGUCCGAGAAGCUGGUGCAGAAAGCGCUCGAUAGCUUACAGAAUGACACUUGCGUAGCCAAGCUUUGCACCAGGUAUGACCUGACCAUGAGAGAUGUAGAACCAGAGAUUCGGGACGUCCUCGAGGUCCUUGUUCCACACUUGCGCAACCAUGCUCUAUGGCUCUUUGGAGAGCCAGGCAAAGGGAAGACUCCAUUAGGCCGCAUCGUAGCCAUGCUCUUCUCUAGGUUCCAUGGUGGAGAAGGCUUGUACCGGUCUACGUGUGAUUUGGACUUCUUUCGUGGCAUCCAAUUCAGUAAAUGCAUCCCAGCUUUGUAUGAUGAUGGAGACAUUGGAGGUGAAUCUGUGAAGAAGAAGAAGGCUUUUUGUGAUGUGGCCGAUGAUGAGACAAUGACCCGUGAAAGAUGGACAAAUGGAAAAUUUGUCCGCAAUCAACUCCGCAUUGUGCUGGACAAUGCCUACAACCCUGAAGCAGAACGUGCGGAUGAUCAUACUGAUGCGGCUCUCACCAUCAAGCAUGAGGACUUCUACAAGAUGAUCCGCCCAGCCUUGGGGAACAUUGCUGUGACAGAUGGCAUGGCUAUCCUCAAACGCAGUGCCUUCAUCGUCUUCUCCAAAAGCUUCGUGUACUUCCGCCUGCCUUCACAGGAGCCCAUCGAUGUGCAGAGGAUUCCCUGGAAGAAGCUUGACAUUCUCUUAGACUCCUCAAAGCCCACGCUCAAGAAUUUCCUGGAGGGUGGUGCUCCUCCUGGAAACUAUGAUUCUGAAACCCAGUGGGAGCAAGCAUGGUUGCACGAAGCUAUCCGGAAGGCUAACAUCAAGACUUCGGCUAAGGCAUGGACACAAGCCCGUGCUGCCAAGGAAGCUGCCAUGCAGUGUAUGCCCCCUGUGAAGAAGGAGCCAGCUCGAGAAUGUAAGGCUCGGUCCAACAUGAAAAGGCCUGCCGCGGCUGCUUCCUCACCUAUGAAGUCCAAGCCGAUCCCAUAUGUCCGCUUUGGGGGUGUGAAAAAGAAUUUUCACAAGGACAGGGUCAAGUUUGGAGUUUCAGUGCACAGCCUCAUUGCCAUGACCCCGCGCCAACUCAUUCGCAAGUUGACAAAAGAUGGUCUUCUGCCUUCUUGGCAAGGCUCAACAUGUCCUCACUGUGGCGGAGGAAGUUUGGGUAAGUUGCACUUCUUCAAGGACAAACAAGUGUGGGUUCACCGAUGCACUAAGAAACGCUGCAUGAAGCGUGUCCAACCCCAUGACUUCCAUGCCAUCUUCUACCAUGGCUCGGGCAACAGCUACACUCCUCUUGGUCAUCAAGUUGCUACUUUGCGCUGUGCUUUGGCCGGUGUGCCGAUAACUUCAGUUCCAACGAUUUUGGACAUGGACCACAAAUCCGUCAACCAUAUCUACCAGAACUUGGAAUGUGUUCGGGCUCGGCAUGUGCAGAUGAAGCAGAAGACCAUCGACUAUGGCGCCCUACACAAGUGGAAUGAUGUCGAGGCGGAUGAGGUCGAUUUGGGGAAGGAACUUCUUGAGGACAAGAAGACUGUGAAGUGGGAGCAAUGGGGAGGGAUCGUUGAGAGAGGGCAACCACACACCUUGGCUUUGUUUCGCUUGCAUCCAAAGAUGACAAAGGCCAGAGUGAAGACAAAGGCUGGCACUCAGAUCAUUGGUCGCUUUUGGGGCCACUUGCGGACCUACAUGAAGAACACUCCGAGGAAAGUUGGCUCCAGCACUUUGGCGCGCAAGGUGGGAGCUGAGGCCAGUGGACAACGAGGUGAACCACACCGCUGGGCCGCCACCCCUGGAUGUGCCUGCAUGACCGGCGCGACCGGCCACGUAGGUUCCAGCAGCCAGGAAGAUGUGCUGCUUGACUUCUGGUUGGACCGUUUGACCAUGUUGCGAGCAAAGACCUCCAGCUUGGGGCAAGUUUGGGGUGGCUCCUUUGUAGAUGUGCCAUCAGCUGACCCACCUGCUUGCAGAUGGCAAGGUGGCGAAUCCGACCCCGAAGCCUCCGUGGCCUGGGCUGCGCAAGGCCUGGUCAACUGCCGACGCUCCGCUGAUGUCCACGUGGUCCAGGUACACUAUGGCACACUGGGUGUACUCAACACGGCGCACACGAGGUCCUACGAGAUACCCACGACCAUGGAUGAGCACGCGGUCUCGAUCGCCAAUGGCGAGCGCUUUGUGGAACGGGAAUGCUCAGAGAACGGCGCGGGCUUCUAUGUCUUCGAUGAGCUUAGUGAGAAGAAAUCCGUCGAAAAAAGGAAGUCACAAGGGAGAGCCCUCUCAGCCGCAGCCAAAGAGAACCGAGCGCCUAGUUCGACACCUCGUCCUGAGAAGAAUCUGGCGGAGCCGGUGGAGUCCGAACAGCUGCGACGCCGCUUACUCGAAGAGGAAAAGCGAAGAGCCCAGGCGGAGGCACGGGCGUCCGAUGUGGUGGUGGCGAGAAAGGCGGCGGCCAACGCGCACGCCCAGCUUCAAAGCAGAGACAAGAAGAUCGAGCAGCUGCAGAAGGAGUUGGAGGACACCACUGUGGCACGAAAGGAGGAGCACAAGCGUGCCUGUGAUGCCGAAGCCGACCGAGGAAGAUUGAAGAAGGCCUUGUACGACAAGGAGCAGCAAAGCACGGCCCUACAGAAAAGCCUAGUCUUGGCUAAGGAUCCGGACGUCAGGGUCCGGAAUCAGAUGCGUCCGGGCACCUGGCCAUUCUUGGCCUUGGCAUUUGCAGCCUUGGCAUCCUUGAGGUGGAGGGCCUUUUGCGGAGGCCGGAAUCGGGUGGAUGUGUGGGACAAGUUGCUGGUUGACAAUCUUCUGGGCUUGGACGAGGAGACGGUCGCACUGCACAAGAGCCUUGGCGAGAUGACGAGUGUUCUUCAGCCACCAGAAUCGAUCGCGAGGGAUGCGACAGCAGGGACCGAAGAGGAUUGGUCCUACAAUCUGCGAGCCAUCAUCGCCAUAGCCGCAACCAGGGGCUCGAGCUGGCUGCUCGAGUUCGCGAGCUCGCUGGUUUCUUCAGCUGUUUGCAGGAAGUACCAUGAGGCGACCAUCACAUACACCGCAGGGCGCUUAGAAGCUUUGUACAUGACUGACUAUAACAUGAAACAUCAUCAUGAAACUCAUGAAGACCUGUCAGACCUUUCAGCACGGGAUUAG